AUGUGCGACUACUUCCUUCCGAGGAUGGAGGGCGACCAGGCCGGCAGCGGCGACCUUACCGACAUCGUCCGGUCCGGCGGAGCCAUCCCUGGCAACGCCGCCGAGAUGCCGUCCACGGCCGCCGCGGAUGAGUGGCAGCUCCAGGGAGACCCGAUGCUCUUCCCGCCGCUUCCCUCGUCGACGACAUCGGAAGCUGGCUGCGCCGCCGCAGGGGGCACCGGCGCCGACGUCUUCGGCGCUGACCCUUUCUCCGGCCUCGUGGACCCGUUCAGUACCGACUACUCCUCAGGCGCCGACUUCUUGGGCGCCAUGCCGGACGCGAUGGCCAAGGUCGGCUUCGACACGGCUAUCGGUGGCGGCAGCGGCAGUGGCUACGGAGGAGGCGGAGGAGGACAGAUGAUAGACAUGAGCCGGAAGCAGCCUCUCUUGCCGCGGGGGGUGCAGAUGCCGGCGCUUGGAGUGCUGGCGCCGAGGAUGGUGUUGCCGUCGCCGUUGUCGUCGCCGAGGGAGAUACGACCAUACCCGCCGUUAGCCGGCGACAUGGUCAAGCUCGGAAUCACGGCCGGGCAGGUGGCCGGGUGCGCCAUCGACGCCGCCGUCGUCGGCAUGCAGAUGUCUUCGCCUCGCGCCGCGGGUGGGAUCAAGCGCAGGAAGAACCAAGCAAGGAAGGUGGUAUGCAUCCCGGCGCCGACAGCAGCAAGACCAACUGGAGAGGUGGUUCCUUCUGAUCUCUGGGCCUGGAGGAAGUACGGCCAGAAGCCUAUCAAGGGUUCUCCUUAUCCAAGAGGGUACUACAGAUGCAGCAGCUCAAAAGGAUGCUCAGCACGGAAGCAAGUGGAGCGCAGUCGGAAUGACCCCAACAUGCUUGUCAUCACCUACACCUCUGAGCACAACCAUCCAUGGCCGACUCAGCGCAACGCCCUGGCCGGGUCAACUCGGAAUCACCACGGCAAGAACAGCGGCGGGAGCUCAGGUUCCAAGGGCUCACAGAACGAGAAGCAACAGCAACAGCAAUCGAACAACGUCAAGGAAGAGCCCAAGGAUCCGGCGGCCACGACGACAACCACUAGCACGACUACUACCACAACUACUAGUACUUCUCCGGCAGCGGUUGUGAAAGAGGAGACGCUGGCAGCUGGAUCAUCAGAGGCACUGGGGCAAGUCAUGGAUGCAGCAGCAGUAGACCACAACAUUGAACUCAUGGACCAGGUGUUCAGUGAGAGCUACAAGCCGAUGAUACCGGAGGCCGGCCACUCUGACGAUUUCUUCUCCGACCUCGCGGAGUUGGAGUUAGAUCCCAUGAGCCUAAUCUUCUCCAAAGAGUACAUGGAAGCGAAACCAAGCGGUGGUGAUCGUGGCCACCAUCAGGAGAAAGCAAUGUCCAAGGACUUGGAUCCCUUGUUUGACAUGCUAGAUUGGUCUACUAAUUCCUCGUCAGCAGGGAGCUCAUUCGAACAAGGAAAGAGAGGUUAA